AUAAUCCUCCCUCUUUCCUUUCUUCUUCUGAAUUUGUAUGUUUUCUUUCGUAGCCACUGCUGCCAAGUGACAUGUUAAGUGAUGAUUUCUUUACCUACUUCUACUUUCUUGUAUUAUUCUUCCUCAGAAGAAACUAAGAAUAUUUGUUUUCCCAGUACUGAUCAAUCAUUUCCUGGAAUCCGAUGAUCACUAAAUUAUAUUCCUCAAAGGCACAGACAAAUUCAAACUUCUGAGAAUACAGCCUCUUUAUAAGAGGUGAAAGUGAGGUAGAUGUUCAAAAUAAAAAAUGGCAAGGAGAAUCAUCUAAAGGGACACAGAUUCAUACACAGAACAUAGGAAUCCAUGUCUUAGAUAUACAUGAUAGCAUCUCUAUCAAGUUGGUACUACAUAAUUGUGUCAUUUAAUUAUUUUUAUUAUUUUUUAGUUACAUCAACCCAAUGAGGACACAGAACAAGACACAAAUUUCAGCCUUUCUUUUGGGACUUUCAGAGGACCAUAGAUUGCAACCUGCUCUCUUUGGACUGUUCCUCUCCAUGUACAUGGUCACAGUGCUAGGGAACCUGCUCAUCAUCCUGGCUAUUAUCUUACAGACCCACCUGCACACACCCAUGUACUUCUUCCUCUCCAAUCUCUCCUUUGUGGACAUCUGUUUCACCUCCACCACUGUACCAAAGAUGCUGGUGAACAUACACUCUCAGAGCAAUACCAUAACAUAUAAAGGCUGCAUCACCCAAAUGAAUUUUUUUUUAAUCUUUUCAGUGGUAGACAUAUUUCUGCUAACAGUGAUGGCCUAUGAUCGCUUUGUGGCCAUCUGUCAACCCCUGCAUUAUAUGGUCAUUAUGAAUCCCAGGCUCUGUGGAUUGCUGGUUUUGUUGUCCUGGAUUGUGAGCGUACUGCAUGCCUUGGUGCAAAGCUUAAUGGUGUUGCGGCUUGUUUUUUGCACAGACUUGGAAAUCCCACACUUUUUCUGUGAACUUAAUCAGGUAGUCCACUUUGCCUGUUCGGACACUUUUCCUAAUGAUAUAGUGAUAUAUUUGGCAACUGUGAUAAUUGCCUGUUGUCCCUUUGCUGCCAUCCUAUACUCUUACUCCAAGAUAGUUUCCUCCAUAUGUGCAAUCUCUUCAGCUCAGGGGAGAUAUAAAGCAUUUUCCACCUGUGCAUCUCACCUCUCAGUUGUAUCCUUAUUUUAUGGCACCAGCCUAGGUGUGUACCUUAGCUCGGCUGUCACUGAAAACUCUCACUCCGUUGCGAAAGCCUCAGUGAUGUACAGUGUGGUCACACCCAUGCUGAACCCUUUCAUCUAUAGUCUGAGGAAUAAAGACAUCAAAAGCUCCCUGAAAAAACUCUUUGGAAGAAUAACUGAAAAUGUGCACAUUGUCCUGAGACUGAAUAAAAGCCCAUGAUUGCUGAACUCAAUGCCUCGAAGCCAGAACUGGUAUUUUAAUCUUUUUAUGAAAGUAGGAUUUACUCAUUCUCUUUUCUUCCUGGAGUCUCCAUUUCUUUGAUUUUCACCUUCCCUAUCCAAUUUAUGUAAUUUCCUUGAUUGUAGUUUCUGCAGUCUUACAUCCAAAUUUCUCCACUUUGUCACUUCCCAACUUUUCCAAUGUUACUACCAUCUCAGGAUCAGAAAUAAUUGGAAAAUCAUC